AGCCCCUGGACUGGACUCGAGAUCCAGGCUGCCGAUGGCUAGGAACCCCUCUGAUGGCACAGGACCCAUGCAUGUGCCUUUUGGGCACGUUGUGGCCAACGAGAAAUGGCGCGGGUCGCAGCUGGCACAGGGGAUGCAAGGGAAAAUUAAACUCAUUUUUGAGGAUGACCUGACACCGGUAGAUUUUUACUUGUCCAGCAAAUCCUGUGUUCUUUAUAUCACCGAAGCUGAUUUAGUGGCCGGAAAUGGCUAUAGAAAGAGGCUGGUUCGGGUUAGAAAUUCCAGUAAUCUUCAAGGGAUUGUAGUAGUUGAAAAAACGCAGAUGAGUGAACAGUACUUCCUGGCCGUACAGAAAUUUACUGUGCUGGACCUUGGGAUGGUGUUGCUCCCAGUGGCCAGCCAGAUGGAAGCCUCAUGCCUUAUUAUCCAGUUAGUUCAAGAGCAAACCAAAGAGCCAAGUAGGAAUCCUUUUCUCAGGAAGAAGCCAGCUGUGAUCUCUGAGCCAUCCCUCCUCCGAACUGUGCAACAGAUCCCAGGAGUUGGAAAAGUGAAAGCUCCCCUUCUGCUUCAGAAGUUCCCAAGUAUCCAGCAACUAAGUAAUGCCUCCAUCCAAGAACUGGAGCCAGUGGUUGGACCAGCAGUAGCACAGCACAUCCAUGCCUUCUUCACACAGCCCCGGUGACAGGCUUCUCAAGGCAUCUACUGUACGUUCUCCUUUACACCACAAAUUACAGGAUCAUGUAUUCAUCUCAUAUUUAAAAGGUAUCAAAGAUUUCCUCUCACAACAACUAGUGAAAGGUGAGGUGAGACCUGAAUGAAACCUGCCAGUUGUCCUGCCCUGCUCUCUGGGUUUAGGCAUUUAACUUACUGGGUCUCUGAUGGCACUGCCCUCAUUCUGCUAGCAAGAAGGGGACUGGCAGGGAUCUUCCUAAGAGAGUCAGUUUACUUCGGAACUCUCAGAUUCAGCAAAAAGCCAGCCUGAGUGGCUUUUAAUGUGUGCCCUUGACCUGUGUCUAUCACGGAAAGGUCUUACUAAGUUUCCAACUGUGGAUGUGGCCGUCUAAAGGAAACAAACCUACAAUGAAGCACUGUACACCAUAAGCUCCUUGUUUCUGGUGGCAGAGCUGCUGUUCUUCAGGUCUGGUCUUAAUAUACUUAAGCUUUCUUGGGCUGCUGCCAGUGUAAAUAAACAAUUGUCCUGCCUU